AUGUCUUUCGGCGUGCUUUGUCAAACGAGCAAGGAAUUGGCAAAUGUUUUAGACAGCGGUGAUGAUUUGAAAGAACUUUUGACCGUGACCGAAAGCGGGAAAAACGGUAUCGAGCAGAUGGAACAGCGACAAUUGAAAGUGAAACGCUUGCAACAAGCGUUGGCGAAGCUUGGCGAGGAAGAAGGCGAACUGUCUUCGAUACGCUUGCAAGAAAACAAAGAAAACAACGAAGUUAUCUCAAACUUAGGGAAAGAAAAGUACAGCCAAGUGGAGGGAAUUGAAAAGCUAAACGCCGCUCUCGGGUCGUUGGAAAACUCCAUGCGAGAAAUCGAUUUGGAAAGCUCAAAAUUACGAAAGGAAAAGGCCGGUAUUCAGCACCAAGCAAGCGAUGCAUUGCCAAAAACGAAGUACUCGUUUAGUUUGUAUUCGAAUGUCACGCGGUUACGCUGGGAUUAUGAUACCAAUGACGAUAAAUUGCAAGGCUUUGUAACGUCACUUCGUGAUGUGCGACCUUUCUCAUUGAACUUGAAGGAACAUAGCAGUCAUUUCAUUGCCAAUUAUUUGUGGGAUGUUAUUGCAUCUGCAAAAAAUUCACAAGCAUAA